GGCGAGAAGGAGACGACCUACAAGCUCAAAAUGGACUCUUCAGUGGACGAACAUCMAUGAGGUCUGAUGCUGUAGAUGUUGGUGAUUUCAGCCUCACUCUGAGAGAACCUCAACUUCUAGACAGCGGUGUCUACAUCUGCAGCAUUCGUCAAGAGAUGGAAGAAAAAAUGCUGACAGGCAUUCAGCUGAAUGUCAAAGAGAUUUUUCCAACUUGGUCCAGUAUUUACCUGGUUCUGCUGGUUCUACUUCCUAUUUCUGGAGGCCUUUUAUUUMAUUUCCGACAUUAUUUCAUGUCAGCUGGAUCUGACUCAUCCAUCAUAUCCAUAGACUUUGGUUCAGGAUUCAGUGGCUACGCUUUCAAUGUUAAACYGAGACAGGAAGGAGGUGAGACCCAGAUAAAGAGAUGGAGUAAUGGACUUGGACUAGACACCCCAAAGACUCCAACCUGCAUCCUGUUUGAUGAACAUGAAGAAUUUAUGAAGUUUGGUUAUGAAGCUGGAACGRCAUUUUACAAUAUGAGAGGAGAAGAAGCUGAGAAACAUUAUUUCUUUGAAAGGUUCAAGACGGCUAUCCUUAGGAAAGAUUACUGGAGGAGAGGAAUUGAAGCUGCCAACAGGAASAAAAUGACGGAGCUGCAGGUUUUUACAGAGGUUCUGAGAUUCCUGGAGGACGAUGCUCUGAAAACCAUCAGAUCUUAUCAAGAAGGUGGAGAGUUCACAGSUGAUGACUUCACCUGGGUGCUGACUGUUCCUAAAAUCUUGGAAGAUUCCAUUAAAGAGCUCAUAAUAAAAUCUGCAAUCCAGGCUGGUCUUGUAACAGACGCCACUAAAGACAAACUGAUGUUUGUUUUGGAGUCAGAAGCAGCUUUGACCUGGUGUUUGAAGCUUCAACCUGAUGGUUUCAUCACACAGAACCACAGCAGAGACUCACAGGAUCAACCUGCAGGAGCAGCAGAACCUGAUACCAGCUGUAACGGUACUGUGUGGAUCUAUAAUGUCUSGCAGACAAACAUUCAAUAUCUAAUAGGUUUUGGUAUGUCUUAUAGGACAAGUGUAACAUAUGAAUGGAUUCUCUAGAUGAUCUGUUUGAUCAUAUGGAUGCAAGUAGUGUAUAAUGUUUUUUGUUAAAUUUGCUCAUAAGUGUUUUAUCCAUCUUUAAAACCACCAUGGCUAUGCUAAUAAUAAUAUAUAAAUAAUAAUUUCCUCCUCGAUCUGAUGGUUGUUUCAACCUCGAGCCAGAAACUGUGA